AUGCCCAUCUAUCUGUCCAUGCAGCGGGUGCGCUUCUCGAGCCCGGACGCGUACGAGAAAUUCAAAGUCCUCUUCGCCGACACGCGUCGUCACCUGAUGACGCUGCCCGGCUUCCUCCACCUGACCUGGUGGGAGCACCCGGACGACCGGAGCUGGUACAACGAGUGCAGCUUCUGGACGAGCCGUGGCGCCCUGUACGACUGGCACAAGAACGUCUACCACAAGUACUGUAAGACGUGGGCCGCCAACGGCGCUAUCAUGGAGGACAUCAUCACGAACUUCGAGCUGGUCGGCACCCGCCUCCUCCGCAUCUGCCCCGUCUGCAACCUGGCCCAGGACAAGAAGUACGACCUGGCCCAGGAGCAGGCCGUGCUCCGCGAACAGUGUCCUCAGUGCGGCUUCCAUUUCCCCGUGCUCGAGGAGACGCCGUCCAGCUUUGCGGUCUUCAAGGACGCCAUAGUCCCCACAGAGGACGGAGCGGGCAAGAAGGAUGCAGAGGCCAGUUGCCCCCUGGCAAAAUGA